AUGAGUGACAGAAAGGCCAAUGAAGGGGGGCAGGGCAGCAAGCCCAGACAGAACGUCAAACCCCAGCUGGAUGGGAGGGAGAAGGUUCCGGAGAGGUCAGAGAGACGCAGCAAAGGUCAUCGCAGAAGCCGCAGCAGCGACGCCGAGCCACGUGGCAGGAGGAGAGAGAGGGAAAGGGAGCACAGAGAACGGAGGGAGCGAGGGAGGAGCGAGGAGGGGCGUCGCCGUCGCCACGACAACAGUCACAGGGAUGCUGGGUACCCUGACGACGACGAGGUUGAGACGGAAUGUCCUGUGUGCUUUUGCUCAUAUGACAACGUGUUUAAGGCACCCAAGCUGCUGGCCUGCGGGCACACUUUCUGCCUGGAGUGUCUUGCUCGAAUUAACGUCAACUCACUGGAGCUUAAGUCGCUCUCGUGCCCUGUCUGCCGCGGCCUCACUGAGGUGCCGCACGGACGCGACCUGCCGCACCUCGACAACAACCAGGACGUCUUUCGUCACCUCCCGCCAGAAAUGCAGAGGGCAAUGUCCGUGCGCUUUAAACGCAGCAAAGGCAAACUAGUGCUCAAGAACCCAAAAACGCAGAGCAGCCACACCAAACACAGCCUGAACCUGCCCAAAGUGAAGAGGUCGGAGGGACAGGAGGAGGCUGACAGAGGUGUUUCCCUGGGGGCGAUGGAGGAAGGCAUGGCUCCAGUGACCAGCUUGGACGUUGGGAGACCCCCAAACAGGGCCAGGGGUCGCAUGCAGAGGAUGUUUUUCUCCAAUCAGUGCUACUACACUGUGGUGGCAGCCAUCAUCGCUGUGGUGGUGGCACUGAUGCUUGUGGGAAUCUUGACCUUCGUAGUCCUUCCCAACGUGCGGCCACAGGGGGGAGACAGACCCCACCGCCCACCCAACCCCCCAAACUUUACAACCCCACUCGAACCAUAA